CGAUUGUAUAUAUAAGGACCACGAUAUGCCCGUCAUAACAUCACUACGCCGAGUAUCGGAGUAUACACAUCAACCAAGUUGAAGUUUGCAGAUUUGUUGUAGACUCAAAAAGAAAUAACCAAGUACAAAAUGGCUUCUUUCAAGUAUCUGAUAUUCUUCACCUUGGCUGUUUACUCCGUUGUCGCCGAAGAAGAUAUAAGAGCAAAGAAACAUGCUUAUAUCGCAGCUCUUUUGGGUUAUUCUGCCUCAGCCCCUGGUUCGUUCUCAUAUGCAUACUCCGACUACACCAACUAUCCGUACAACUAUCCAGUAGUAGGAGGAGCUGCAGCAUACCAUGCACUCGCGGCAUACCCGAAAACAGCUUACCCAGCGACGGCUUAUGCCGCCCACGCAUACCCAACCUACCACGAAGAUGACGGCCAAUACUGGCCAGGAAAAUACGAAAAGGCCUACAUCCCUGCAGCUUACAAAGCCGGAUAUCCGAGUUAUCCCGAAGAUGACGGCCAAUACUGGCCAGGAAAAUACGAAAAGGCCUACAUCCCAGCUUACAAAGCCGGACACUACUACUGAACAAUAACAAUAAUUAAUAACAAUGAUUCUCAACCUUCCGCGGAAAAACACCGUAGUCUUUUAAUUCUAUUUUUUUAAAUAAAGACGUAAUUUUUUAUCAUCAA